CCGGAGAGGGGAGGGGGCAGUGGGGGGAGAUUAGCCGCCUUGGGGAUCCGGAGCUCGCUGGCUUGGCGCCCGGCCGAGGGCACCCCGCAGGGGAGAGGCCGCGCCUCCUCCCGGAACUGGCAGGCGGCCGGCGGGGAGCGGCGGGAGCGGAGGGAGCUGGGCGCCGCGCACCACGCCGCGGGCUAUGGAGGUCCUUCCCACGGGCGGGGGCCCGACCCGGUGCCCGGAGCCUGAGGCCAGGCCGGAGGACGUCGUGGAGGAAGCGGUUCCUGCCGUGCCCCCGGCUCCACCCCUGCGGGACGCGCCCGCGGCCGGGCUGCCGCCGGACCCCCAGGACCCCUGGGAGGGCGAGGAGGACGCGGAGCCCGGCGAGCGGCGGGGCGGGCGGACCAGCCGCACGGCGUCCCUGGUGAGCGGGCUGCUCACCGAGCUGUACAGCUGCACCGAGGAGGAGGAGGCGGCCGGCGGGGGCCGCGGGCCCGGGGGCCUCCAGCGGCGCCGCGACAGCCUCGACAGCUCCACCGAGGCCUCGGGCUCCGACGUGGUCCUGGGCGGGCGCGGCGACUCCCGGGAGCUGCAGGAGCUGCGGGAGCGGCCGAGCGAGCAGCACCAGCGCCUGUACCUGCGGCAGAAAGACACUAAUGAACUGAAGACGAUCCUCCGAGAGCUUAAGUACAGAAUUGGCAUUCAGUCGGCGAAGUUACUCUGGCAGCUGAAGCAGAAAGAUCGGCUUCUGCAUAAAGUCCAGAAGAACUGCGACAUUGUGACUGCGUGCUUGCAGGCCGUGUCACAGAAGAGAAGAGUUGACACAAAGUUGAAGUUCACUCUUGAGCCGUCUUUAGGUCAAAAUGGUUUUCAGCAGUGGUAUGAUGCUCUCAAGGCAGUUGCCAGACUAUCCACAGGAAUACCAAAAGAAUGGAGGAGAAAGGUUUGGUUGACCUUGGCAGAUCAUUAUUUGCACAGCAUAGCCAUUGAUUGGGACAAAACCUUGCGCUUCACUUUCAAUGAAAGGAGUAAUCCGGAUGAUGACUCAAUGGGAAUUCAGAUAGUCAAGGAUCUUCACCGCACAGGCUGCAGUUCUUACUGUGGCCAGGAGGCUGAGCAAGACAGGGUUGUGUUGAAGCGGGUCCUGUUGGCCUAUGCCCGAUGGAACAAGAAUGUUGGGUACUGCCAAGGCUUUAACAUCCUGGCUGCACUAAUUUUGGAAGUGGUGGAAGGCAAUGAAGGGGAUGCUCUGAAAAUUAUGAUUUACCUUAUUGACAAGGUACUUCCCGAGAGUUAUUUUGUCAAUAAUCUCAGGGCGUUGUCUGUGGAUAUGGCUGUCUUCAGAGACCUCCUGAGACUGAAGCUCCCUGAAUUAUCUGAGCACCUGGACACUCUUCAGAGAACUGCAAACAAGGAGAGUGGAGGUGGAUACGAGCCCCCGCUCACGAAUGUCUUCACGAUGCAGUGGUUUCUGACUCUCUUUGCCACGUGCCUCCCUAACCACACCGUUUUAAAGAUUUGGGAUUCUGUCUUUUUUGAAGGUUCGGAAAUCAUCCUAAGGGUGUCGCUGGCUAUCUGGGCAAAGUUGGGAGAGCAGCUAGAAAACUGUGAAACGGCAGAUGAAUUCUACAGCACCAUGGGGCGCCUCACCCAGGAGAUGCUAGAGCGUGAUCUUCUAGAAAGCCAUGAACUCAUGCAGACUGUUUACUCCAUGGCUCCAUUCCCUUUCCCGCAACUGGCAGAGCUGAGGGAAAAGUACACCUACAACAUUACACCAUUCCCAGCUACAGUGAAACCCACCUCCGUGUCUGGACGACAUGGUAAGAUCAGAGACAGUGAUGAAGAGAAUGACCCAGAUGAUGAAGAUGCUAUUGCUAAUGCCGUGGGGUGUCUUGGACCUUUCAGUGGGCUCCUGGCACCUGAACUACAGAAGUACCAAAAACAAAUUAAAGAGCCCCACGAGGAGCAGAGCCUGAGAUCUAACAACAUUGCGGAGCUGAGUCCAGGAGCCAUCAAUUCCUGCCGAAGUGAAUACCACGCCGCUUUCAACAGCAUGAUGAUGGAGCGCAUGACCACGGACAUCAACGCGCUAAAGCGGCAGUAUUCUCGGAUUAAAAGGAAGCAGCAGCAGCAGGUUCACCAGGUGUACAUCAGAGCAGGCUCUCCAGAAGACAAAGACCAUGGGUUCUCCUUAGGUCCCAAGGACCGGGCAGUUGAUGACAAAGGGCCAGUGACCAGCCUCCUCCCGUCUCAGGUGAACAACUCUCCAGUUAUAAACCACCUGCUCUUAGGAAAGAAGAUGAAAAUGUCCAACCGAGCCGCCAGGAACGCUGUCAUUCACAUCCCCGGCCACGCGGGAGGCAAAGCGUCCCCCGUCCCCUACGAAGACCUCAGGUCGAAGCUCAACUCUCCGUGGCGAACUCACAUCCGAGUCCACAAAAAGACCAUGCCGAGGGCCAGGAGCCAGCCGGGCUGCGGGGACACCGUGGGGCUCAUCGAAGAGCCGGGGGAGGGCUGCAGGGCCGCGCGCCCGGGGCCCGCGGAGGCGGAGGCGGAGGCGUGCCCUUCCCCUGGAGGCGGCAGCGCGCAAGGCAGCGCAGGGCGCACCAUCGAGGGCCAGUCUCCGGAGCCGGCCUUCGGAGAUGCCGACGUGUCGAUGGUCCAGGUGAAGUUAGAAGCCUUGGAACUGAACCAAAGGGAUGCCGCUGCCGACCCUGAGCCCAGGUGGCACCCGCCCCGCCAGCGGCACCUCCCGGAGCUGCCCGAGGCGCCUGGGGAGGACAGAGCCACCGGCAGACCUCCCCACGGGAGCCGCCCCAAGACUCCCAUCUUCAGCCCCUUUCCCAGCGUCAAGCCGCUGCGUAAGUCAGCGGCCGCCAGGAACCUGGGGCUGUACGGCCCCACGGAGCGGACCCCGACCGUGCACUUUCCUCACAUGAGCCCGGGCUUCAGCAAAGCCGCCGGUGGGAACAGUAGCACGAAGAAGCGGUGACUCCCAGGAACCGCGCCCUGGGAGUCACCUUUUCGUGGUGGAGCAGCGGUUCCAGCCACAUGGCUCCAGAGGAAUUGCAGCUGCCCCGGGAAAGCGCAUGGAUGGGUCCAGAGGUGGGCCGCAUCUGUAAACACAGGAUUGGAGGUUUCACGGUGGGAGCUAGAUUAGGGGUGUUUGUCCACCCACUGAUAACCGGUACCAUGGAUUCUUGGUGGCGAAAUAAAUAUUGUGGUUUUAAAAUGUGAAGUCUUCCCAAUUUUUAAUCGUCAGCUGUUUCGGAAAGACGAUGUACCCUAGCCUCUUAGUCCCUCUUCCUUCUUCCUGUUCUGCGGGGCCUUCAGGGUCCUUUGGGUGUUAUUAAUGCGCACGCACGCUCCACUCGCUUGCUAGAACAGGAACUGUAAAUAGAAGUUUCUUAGUUGCAAAAAACUUCCCGAUUCCCCUCUUCAUGCCCUAUUGGGGGGCAUGUUUGUACGUGUGAGUUCUCCUUCAGUCGUUUCUUUCAGCCAGUCUCAAAUUGCUUCUGAUUCUUACGUUAAAUUGCAGGAGAAAACUCCAGGUAGCCUUUCCCUCCCUUUCCAUUUCUAGCUGCAAAACGAAGGAAACUUUUAUCUGUUGAAAUUUAGGUCGAUCACUAACUUGAAGAUCUUAUGCAGAGAGCACAAAUGGAUAGGCACUCAGCAACUGCUCAGAACAGCUUGCUAAUUCCCCUGAGCUUUCCCCAAGGCUCAUUUGCUCCUCUUACGGAGCGUGCGGUCCUGGUGGUGGGAUGACAUGAUGGGCUGUCUGGGCAGCUUGCCCCGCGUCCUCCGCGCUGCAGCUCACUUACCUACCAGCUCUCCGCGGCAGAUGCAGUGAGGCUCUGCUCAAAAGCCAGAACAGAGCACCUGCAACUCUGUUACUUGAAUUUUGUGCUUCUUUUGAUUGGAACUUUGAAUAUUUUGUUACUUGAACACUGCCUUUCUCUGGAGAAGGCAGGCCCAGUGCUUUCCAGCUCUCUCACCCACUCCUCCCUGGUCCCAGCAGGUCAGACACAGACCUGCCAAUGCCACUAUGCAGAUGGGAACUCAGCCACAGAGAGUGAAGCCCCUCAGCUACUGCAGGUAAAUACGGCCCCUCUUCAGCGUGACUUAGCCACAUUUCCUCCAGUGCAGGAGGCGGGUUCCAUGCUCUCUGUACGCAGAUGCACCGGCCACAAAGGUUCUACAGACCACGACUGGGAAGCCAUAUACUGCACUCCCUCCUGACUCCAAGGGCCUUCCUCCAGGUCUUUACAGUCCUGCGUGGUUUCACAAAACCAGCUCGACCCUUUUCACCAGAACAGAUAGUACGUUUUAGUUUUUAAAAAAUAUAUAUUUUAUUGAUUUUUUACAGAGAGGAAAGGAGAGGGAUAGAGAGUUAGAAACAUCGAUGAGAGAGAAACAUCGAUCAGCUGCCUCCUGCACACCCCCUACUGGGAAUGUGCCUGCAACCAUGGUACCUGCCCUUGACCGGAAUCGAACCUGGGACUCCUCAGUCCACAGGCCGACGCUCUAUCCACUGAGCCAAACCAGUCAGGGCAGAUAGUACAUUUUAAAGCAUGCUACAUGCAGCUGUCAUUUGGCUAAACCGAAGGCUCACUCCUCAGUGUCCUUCUCUCAGCAUCAUGAGAAGAAUAGACUCAGCCUCUUACCCUCAUUGCUGGAAGACCAUGGCCGUGCUUGCAGGCAUAGUGCUGAAGCAGCCACUAGUAAUCUGGGCUAGUUGGGUCACUAAUUCUGAAACCAAAGCUAUAGUUUUAGACAAGGCUUUUACUAGGAGAGGUAUACAUUUUUAUAAUAAAAUAGAAAAUGUAGUUGUGUGGGCUGCUUUGAACAGGAAACACAAGAAUGACAUAUAUAGCGAGAAAAAGCCAUUUUAUCCCCUUUGCGGUAUUUUGACUCCCAGAUGAGUGCAAGAUGGAAAACAUGACUGAUAAGAUACUGCAGUUUUGCUUGAAUCCUGUGCCGCCUGAAGUUAGCAGGUAGCUUCUUAAAAGGCAGCCAAACCCACAGCCUGUGUCUUGGGGAGGGGGUAGGUGGAGAGUGGGGCUGACUUUGCAACCCAUCCGGGAACGGGGGCCCACUGUGUUUCCCAAAGUGAAGCAAAUGACACGAUUUUCUUCCACCUGCUAAACUUUACAGAAAAGAAUGAUUCCACCUCGGAUUCUUUUCUCCUCCCCCGCCCCCAAUGAGUCAGAGCCACCUUGUUCCCCUUGAGGGAUGUCUGACAGCACAGAAUUGUUCUUCCCUCUGUGAGUCAGCUCCCAGCAGCCUGCAGUGGGGGCCCAGGAAGGCAGUGAUGGUGUGGAGCCCCCGGCUGUGGCCCUGAGCAUCUCGCCUUGCUGUGGCCCAGCUGUCUCUGUUCCCAGCACACGCUGCUUCCCAGGGCUGGUCUGAGAAAGGGAUGGAUGAGAGAGCACAUGGUGUGGGAUGAGUAUUUGUUGAAUGAAUGAAUAACUGAAAGCAUAAUAGUCUUUUGAGGUAAAAAAAUGACCUUGUCAGGAUUUAAAACCAACAGAUUUCCAUGGAAGCUUUCUCUGUUCCGAUACUGUGCAUGCAUUGUACCGUGUACUCACUUUUAUGAAUUGGUGAACUUCUAAGCCUCGCCUACUUUAGAAUAUAAAGAAUCUGCAGUAGCCUCAACCGCACAGCAUGGACAAAGACCUCCAUGGACUUGUUCUCUUCCCGAGGUACUGGACACUCUGCCAGCACCACAAGCACUCACCAGGCAGUGGCUCCUUGGUCCUCAGAGAGGCCUGCACCCGUCGGCACGGGCACCGGGAGCUGCUCCUCCUGGCCCUCCACACCUGUCCUCCCAGACGAUCCAAACAAACCUGGUUUGUAAUGUCGACCUAUGGGCGAUAACGGUUUGGAAUAUUCUGUUCCUUUUUGGUCUCUCUCGCUGUUCUAAAGACUGUCGAUUACAAAGAUUUGUGCAUAAAGAUGUUCCUUGUUGUGG